AUGGAGCGGAACGCGCAGGAGGUGCGCGAGGAGCGGGAGGAGGCGGAGCGGCAGAAGGCGGCGGCAACCAAGGCGGCGCAGGAUGAAGCCGACGCGGCCACCAAAGCUCAGGCCGACGCCGCGGCCACCAAAGCUCAGGCCGACGCCGCGGCCAAAGAGCGGGCGGACAUGGCCACCAAGGUGCAGGAGGCGGAGGUGGCCCGCAAUCGGGCUCCGCUGCUUGUCGUCCCCCUACGCUCCGCGCCGCCGGCGCCAGAGACCCCGACGCCGACUGGAGGAGGCGGCGAUGACCUGCCGGACUACCACAACAUCCGUGCGGCCGCCUACAACUCCCAGGUCCGGGAGCUGGCCAAGCGGACCGCCGACCUGUCCGACAGCCGGAGAGCCAACGCGACCGUGCAGCAGCAGCUGGGUGAGGCCCAGACCGUGCUGCGUGCUAAGGAGGAGGAGUGCAGCAAGGCGGCGCAGGAGCGCGACCGUCUGGUCAAGGAGUUGGCAGACCAGGCGGACCAGCACAAGGCGGAGCUCCAGAAGCUCAAGGAGGCGGAAGACUCCCUCAUGGCCGAGUUCGAGACUCAGUGCUCGAACUGGGUCGAGAGGGAGAAGGCUCUGGCUAACAGCUACAGCAAGAUCGAGGACAUGCUCGAUGAGUACUUUCCUGGUCACGCCGUUGCUGCCAGCCAAGCCAUCGAGGCUCACCGCGAUGAGCGAAGGCUGGCUGGUGCAGAAAUCACGCCUAACGCCCCACGGACCCUCAGUGAGCAGCUUCUCGCCGUUCAAGCUCGUCUCCAGCCGGCUCAUUGGGCGUUCCGCCGUCUGCAGCGCGUCAGAGCCCAGGUGGUUUCCGCCCUCUGGCCAGGUACUCCAGUUCUGCGCACCCCCAGUCGGACCGCCGACUGGUUAGAGGUGGCUGUUGGCCGCUUCGAGGCAUGGAAAGGCUCCGUAGCCCGGGCAAGCGCACGGCGGGCUUUUGAGUUUGUUAAGGCGUGGUACCCUGGGCUAAGCCUAGCCCAGUUGGCCACGUUCCGGCUUGAAGCCAGUGAGGAGUUGGCGGCAGUGGCGCCCGUGCUCUAUCAUCGCGCCGCGGCGAUCGCCGAGUACACUGAUACCAGUGUCUUCCUCCCCGAGCUAGACGAGGAGGGUGCCGAGGUGCCGCCCAACUGGUUUGGGCUGAUCCUGGUGGAUGGCGAGGACUCGUUCCACCCGCUGGGGGUGUAUUCAAACUCUGGUGAAUGCUGGCCGAGGGCCCUUUGCUAUGUAAAUUAA